UGUACGCUUCUGUGAUGAAACGCCGCACGGGCUACACAGAGAAGGCCUAAAUUCCGCAUUUUGACUGAGUUGUUCAUGCUGGGGUUUGUUUUGGAUUAUUCACUGCCCUUAAGUGUGAACCAUAGGGUGUUUCAAGAAUGUGAUUCCUCGGAAGUUAAAGGGUAGGCCUUAGGCCCAGAGUUGGAGUUUCGGACGGUCUACAUCAUGAUCAUACAUGGGCCUUGGCUUUGUUUUUUGUCUCACACGUUCUAGUACAGUACACAGAGAGAGUUGCUUCCUUCAUCGCCAGUACGGCCUACCGCUCGUUUCCUCCUUGUCCUACUGUAGAUACGAUAAUACCCCGCCAAACUGCGGUCCAUCAGCAAACCGGGACUGACCUGAAGGCCAUCGUUCUUCCACGCCAUGUAUUAACCAGCGUUGUUGCUGUUCAUCCAAUGUUCGUGUAGACCUACUAAGAAAAUUGUGUAAUCAGCUAGACCCUAUGCCAUCACCCCAUCAUUGCUUACUGUGCUGAUCAUUUGUGCAGUAUGCAGGCCUUCAUGUAGGCCUACCUGUAAUUUGCUAUAUGCAAAGGUGAUUGUAUUAAAUCAAGCUAAUGUUCAGGAGUUAACGUGCAAGAAAGUGGAAGAAGUCAAUAAUCUCCGUCAAGACCUUGAAAUGAUCAGACGAGCAGUAAGGGACAUGUAACAAAGAUGUCAGAUGUGCAUUGACAGGAAUGGUGGCCAUGUGGAGGACUAGGCACAUUAAACUGAUGAGUCUCAUCUAAUCCUACACGUCCUCUGCAAUCAUUGUCACUGCGGGAUGCCUCAUCUGCGCCCCACCCAUCAGCUGCUGAUCUCUGUUGACUUACCAACAGGAAGGAGGAGCUUUACCUUUUGUGUCGCCAGCAAGUGAUUGGAAGUGGGACGAUAAUGCAGUUGCUUGAGCGCCAGGGUCAUGUACGGACAGACGAUUGCUACCCAGGCAGGAGACGCCCAUUGUGGUUGGAACUCAGAGGUGAGGUGUCCAUCUCGUCAGAUGUCUUCGUAGAUGGAGCCCUCGAGGUAUGGCCACCCCAGCAAAUGACAACGACCUCUUCAGUCCCCUGUCACUGAGCAUAGUUUGCAACCUGUGCACCGCCAAGAUGCAGACUGUGGCUGACCUGCUGCUGCUGACCAGCGACACGCGUCCGGUGAAUACGGACAAUGUGACCGGUGCGGUGGGCGAGUCCUUCUCCAAGUGUCGAGACACGCUCAUUGCCAAGACCAAAGGGGUUGGGAUAUUAAGCCGGGAGAUACGCUUGCAGUUCCUGUCAGGGAAGUUGCAGGAAACUGCAGAGAUGCUGAAUGAGUUAACAGACCUUGUAGUAAACAUCAUAGAGUGUUCAAGCCACGCAGCUUAUCUCGCUGCAAUCAGUGAAUCGGGUUCCAAGCAAGCUGUGCCGGGAAUCAUUGAUCGUUAUAAGAUAUCGCGAGCAAGAUUUGAUAUUGAGCACUGCUGCAUGCGGCUUCAGUACACCCCUCUCAUGGAGCUCUCACCUCAAGUUGUAGUGGACAUCUCCACUGAGAUUGCCAAGAAUCUAACUAUCUUAACCAAUGCUAGCAAACUUGCUAGUGACGCUAGUGAUGACCCCUUCCAUAAGGAGCAAUUUAAGCUGGCUAUUAAGAGUGUGACUUCCUGCACGAGCACGCUCCUCCUAAGCAUCCGGAGGUACAAAGUCACGCUGGAUGAAGCCAACAGAGGUCGAUGUAUCACCUUUGCCAAACCUCUAGUGCAAUCUUGCCAGGCCCUAGUAGAGUAUGCCACAGAGAGAGAACACAUAGGGACUCCAGCACAGCUGAGCGAGAGUGGCCGUAAGAUCCAGACAGCGAUUCUUGGGGGCUGCAUGAGCAUCGCCAGCUCUUGCAUCCAGCUUGCCAGCUGCCUGCGAGCCGCAUCUCAGGACCUGCACAACCAGGAGCUUGUGCAGCGGUUGGGGCUGUGUUGCAAUGCUGUCGCUGAUGGGGGUAAGCUUCUCUCUCAGGCAUUGCGGGACAAGAGCUCGCCAAGAACGUUACCGUCCACCUCAACCAACUCACUGAGUUCCAACGGGUCAACUAACUCGUUCCCUAAUGAAGGAGACAAUCAAAGCAGCUGAGGCAGGUCACAGCAAUAAAUGAUCAAUGACAUAUUCGUGCAAAACUAAUGAAUUGUUUCCUUUUACAAGUGAGCAAGCUUGCUUCCAUGUGAGCACUCCAGAAAGCUGUAAUCCGGGCAACCAACCUAUGAAGCAUGUACACGUAGAUAGAUCUACAUUUAGUUUUAUAUCAAGUUUCAUAGACACUCUCAUGUAUUUUAAACCUGUAAUCACCAACGAUCCAUGUCUUGUGUGUACAUGUACCCGGUAUUUACACUUGUGAUGGUCAACAAAAUUGAUACAUUACUUUAAUUUGAAUUGUUAAAAGCUGUCAAAAGUGCUCAUUUCAACCCUGAGGAAAUUGAAUGCUGCAAUAUGGCCAGUGUGUGUGUUUUUGCUCUUUAAACCUUAUUGGAAAGAAUGUGACAAAAGUUAUCACUUUUCUCCCAAAUGUUUCAUUACAGUUCAGGGUCUUGUACUGAAGCAUGUGUCAGACAGGAAGUCAGUGGAAUGAAAUAUGGACUCCUGAAAUGACUACAGAUUUCAUGCUUUGACAGCCUUGAAAUGAGACUAAUCUUUGACUUGUCCUGUCCACGUUGACCUUGUGUGCACAUUUUUACUACACAAUGUAUGUACAUGUAUGUAUACAAAAGUGCACAGGCAGGGACAUGUAUUGUACCUGUUAGUGUACAUGUGUACCUCUUUGUAGCUGCAAUUGUGUACAGUAAGUUUCAUGUGCCUCUUUGGAAAAAACGAAAACAGUGUACAUGUACACGUAAAGUACCGGUAUGUAGGGUACCUUACGUACAUGUUAUUCAUGUAAACUGUAUUUUCAGGUAGAGUACGUGCAGGUUUAUAGGAAGAAUUGACAAAUUUACAUAAACUUCAAAUUUCUUUUACUGGUACCGGUAUGUACUUUUUUCUCUAAAUGUUUGCACCACAGAAAGGACAUAGAACAUAGAACUUGCCAACCCUGGUUUGAAUGUUAUAAACAUGAUAAAUUGAAUGUUCCACCUUACCGGCAUGGUACAAUAUGUACAUGUACGUACACAUUUAUGUGUACAUUAUGGACUUGGACAUUUGAUGGCUUUCAUUUUAAGUCUCAACUGAAACAGUGCAUGUGAAAUCACAUUCUGACUAACGUACAUGUACAUGUUCAUGUAUUGCACAAUAAAACAGGAAAUACGUGAACAAAAACAGAACCAAUUUGUGCAACUCUGUGCGGUGGCAACUGCAUUGUACUUGAUCAGCUUUGAAAACAAAGAGGGAAAAAAGUGCAAACUUACUAAAGGAUAGCAGUGAAAAAUGUCCUUUGGAAAAUGUGUUCAUUGGUUUGUGAAAUGAAAAAGGCUUUAUUGCACACGGCUGCACAUGUCAUGGUCUCACAUGUACCGGUACUCACGUACAUGUCUAUGUAACAGAAACUGAAAAUGUGGCACAUCCAAUAGGGUCUGACAGUACCUUGCUGACUUAGGGUGGGUCUUGUUUACAUGGCAGUAUUGUGUAUACGGUAGUUCAAUGCCUGAUGACCAUGUACUGUACAUGUACUCGGAUGUACAGUGUACAUGUAUGUGUAUUGUAAUUACUGCUUGUGAUAUUGAAAGUAUGCAUUUACAUGUAGGUGCGUCAUACGCGUACAUGUACAUGUGCAUGUACAUGUACAUCGUAAAUGUUCUUGAUGAACUCGAAGGCAUCUGAAAUUGUGAUCAAAUACAAGUAACUCCUCCAUUUGGGAGCUCAAUGGGAGUGGCUCACUGUCCUUUAUCACAGUGGGCUAAAAUUACCAGACACAGGAAUCAUUUACAUGGAAAAACUACCCCAGGGUUAUUCCUAACAGAAAUGUAGAUGCAGACUACCUGUAUCUACACACUGUAGGCUACAUGUACUUGUACUUGUACGCCUUUGCAACGUACUGUACCAUUCAUGCACACUACAGGGUGUAGUCCACUAAUUCAAGCCCCACUGAAAAAAGUGUAAACUUGGCACUGUUCAGAGCCCAAUACAUGUAACAUAUGUAUCAACAUCCCUGAGGUUUAUGAUUAUUGUACAUGUAGGAUCCAUAAUCUUUCAAUUUCUUUUCAAUUUUCUGUGGGUUAACCGAUUAAAUUUUAGUUACUCCCACAAAUCAAAAUUACCCCUCGAAAAGUGAAUUUUCUGAAGUCUGCUUGCAGCCAUUUUGCAAGUGGCAACCCUCAACUUUCUUUGGCACUUAAGACCAUUUUUCAACCAUAUUUUUUAGCCACCCAGGGAGUUGAUCCUGGCAACGAUUUACACAGUCUCACCAUUUGGGGGCCAAAAAUUCUCCUUUUGCAAAAGAUACCAGUGUAGGGGCACUUUUAAUGAGCUGGCCAGAAAUUCUCACUUAAUUAGUAGACUGCACCCUACACAGUACAAGACCCAUAUUACGUGCCCUUUUGCAAAAGUGUUCACAGACAAGUGAUUUGAAAACAUGCAUUUCACAGAACUAACAUGACAAUAGUCCCCCGGGAGAUCGUCAUAAAAGACUGUCACUUCCUUUCCCACAGAAAUUAUGUCUGCCUCAUUUUUACUUGCAUAGUGCAACAUGUACAAUGUACUAUACAUGUGUAUGUAUUGGUACCACAAUACAGUUUGAUACUGUUACCUGAUAGAUGUCCAAACUCUUUUGGUUCAGUUUUAGUUGAAUUUGAGUGGUGGGCAAAGAGCCUUUUGUUCUAGUUAUUGGAUUUUAGAUUGAACUGGAUUCACACCAUGGCGGCCAUUUUGGCUUUUCUGGUAGCAUCACAUGUAAUUCGUUGCUUUAAUGCAAAACGCAGUUAAUUGCAUAUAUAGUCAGCAUUUUGACGUAGUGGUAAACCACAGACAUACUCUUGGAAUAAUGAAGAAAUACAUGUAAAUUGCAGGUUUGUCACUUGGUGAAAACGGUGAUGAAUUACUGGGUACAUGUAUAGGAACAUUACAAAAUGAUGACCUAUGCUUUAUGUUUCCUCUUAUGUGAAAGCAAGUAUUUGCUGGAGUGCUCACAAUUUUUCCUAUUGUUAUUGAAGUUUUUCAUCUGCACUUACAUUGUUACUUUUUUGUAGGAUUUUAACAUGAACUUUCCCUGGUUGCAAAUUGAACCAGCCAAGUUACUUGGUUCUUCAUAAAUGCUCUUACUGUGAUCUUUGUUAAACGGUAGAGUUAACUACAAACAUUUUUUCAAGUUUGAGAUGGAUACAACACAACCUUACACCGUGUUCAAACAAAUACAUGUGUACAUGUACAUGUAUAUCAUAGUACGUGUAAUUGACUCAUUUAUGUGAAUUGCAAGACAAAACAGGAACACAAUUUGGGCCGACUGUUGCUUUCUUUAUUCAUUUCUACUGUCUGCAUGCACAUGCCAACUUUGCGUUUAAUAGUUCUGUGCUUCAUUUAUGUACGUACAUGUACAUAAACCGGUACCUUCACCAUGUUCGUAGCCUAGCCUAGCAUUAUGAUCUGGCUUUGGCUCGAUAUGCUGUGUUUACUUUGUUACACUUACAUAGUGAGUCACAGAUUUAUCUUUUAACAACUCAAGACGUACGUGUACAUGUACAUGUACGUAAUAACUUGCUACCAGUAAAGACACCAUACCAUAAUACAAUACAGUCAUUGAUUGUGCGUGUUUUAUUGGUUGAUAAUUGAUCACGUGAUGGGCCAGAUGUGUAUCACAUGUAUUGUCAGUAUUUUGGUUACAAUUUACAAUGUAGGUAACACCUGUGAAAAAGGUGAAAUAUGUACAUGUACAUGUAUAUUGCGGCCAACUUCUGGUAUGUAACAGCCAAAUGUAACAAAUGCUGAUCCACAAGAGUUACUGUAUGAUGUUUCUUUCAACAUUUUGAGGCAUGCUUAAGGAGCAAUAUUUGCUCCAGCAGACCGUACACAGUGGCCAAGUAAGUUCCCGCCUACUCUGACCUCUCAGAGUUUGUGUGUAUGCACAUACAAAACUAAUGGAGAGUGUAACAUGUCAUCUGGAGGCGAGUUGGUGCUCUUGAGAUUUUAACCCAUCAGCUCUGGAGGUGAGUUGGUGCUCUUGAGAUUUUAACCCAUCAGCUCUAAGAGUGUACAGGGAGAGCUUGAUGGUGUUUACUCGUCCUCUGGUGCAAAGUGGUUAUGACCCAGACUCCUGUGAGAAUUUUCCCCGGAGUUGUCCUGAAUUUUCUGAAAUAGCUUACUGUGAAUUAACCCAGUAGCGCAUUCAUUGUACUAUAGGCCUACUUGAACCUUCCAAGGGCCUCAGACUGUUUGUUAACAUGCAUGUUCUCAAUCCUACAAAAUCCUCCAAAAAUCGUGUGGAUUUUAAAGGAACUCACUGGAAAGGGUAGAGCAAGGAAAUUAACCGCAGACAAAACCUUGCAAAAAAGGAAAAGUUCAUGUGUAUGGGUUUCUUAGUAAACAUUUAAGACUGCAAUGAACAUCCAGUCAUUACCGUCGUGUUAGAUUUGGUUAAAUGGAGUUCCUUCAGUCACCAAGACAGAAAUACCGUGCGGUUUCUACAAAUUUAUAAAGAAUUAUCUUUCCGGUAAUUUACCAAACAUGUAUGCCAUGUGAUAUUCCAUCCUAAUUUUUGUUUUGAGUAGGUUUUUAUAUACACCUGUGUAAAAUGAGUUUCUUUCUUUCCAUGUACACUGUUUGUUGCAAUUUAUUGAUGCUGAAAGAUCGUUGACUAUUGCCCCUAUUCUUUUUUUUUGUGCAAAUGAAUGUACCGUAUUUUAUUGUGCUAAAAGACUUGAAAUCAAACCCAAAUAUCAAUGGUAUUUUUUGUUUGUGAAAAGUAAAACAACUCAACUCGUACUUUUAGAACACAUGGAUUACCGGUAGGACAUACUAUAUGAGUACAUGGAAUGUACAUUGUAUUCAAAGGCCAGUUCAUACUCUACUGAUACUUGCUGAGUAAGCAAACAUAAAACUACGGUAUACCAUCAGAUCAUAAUGCUGUUAGUUAUCACAGGAGCGUGAGUGGAACACAAAAUAAUGUAAUGCGUCUUAAACCUUGUGGUAUAACACGGGACAGAGACACACUACAUUAUUCCCUGUUCCGCACGCGCGAGCGUGAUAAGGAAUUCAUCUUCAAGGAAACUUGACAUGCAGGAAAGAUUCAUGUAUACUGUGUGCGCAGACACGCCACCUUUGAAUUUACAGUAAAUGUUGCAACUGUGCAUUUUGCUUUUAGUGUAAAAAUAGCACAACGCAUGGAGUUCAAAUUACAGAUAAGGCUGAGUUUGAUAUGAACCAUGAUAUAUAGUUACAGGCCUGUAUCACAUCGUUGGAGAAUUCAAGUUUGCUUGAAGAUACACGUACAUUGUAAACAAAAGUACAUACAUUAUAUGUAUGAAGUGGAUACCAGGUGUACUUUACUGUGAACAGUAAAUGUAUGGUACAUGUAUGCAUUUGCAGUAUGUAUUUGGACAGAUCAAAGAUGAUACCAGUAGCCCAUACAUUUACAUACACUCUACAUGUAGAUUAUAACCAAAAUUACAAUCUUAAGUCUAUCUGCCUGGAGCAGAAGUACCCCCCUCAUGGGUUGAUAAGAGCCAUGUUGGUCGGGAGUAUUUAUUUUGUUGGUAGUGAUGUGACCGUGCAUUUCCCAGUUGUUUGUGAACCAGCAAAAAUCAGUUCUGACCAAAGGGGCCUUCGUUGCUCGGAAAACAGCACCCUCUCAUGGUCCGGCACGAUGCCCAUAAUCUCAAGUCUAAGGUUAAUGAGAGAUAAUUUUUCCUAGUGUUUUUAUUAAACAGGGCCAGCAAGUUCUUUGCCUCUAAUUUGACUGGAUAUCCUUUUGUUUUGCCAAUAAAUAUGUGUUUAUAUUGUGAUGAAUGAAAUUGACGUAUUAUUAUGAAAAGUUGUACAUAUUUAUACCCUCAUCUGUUUAUUGCUCAGUGACUGUCAUAAGUUGUUCUCUGGAGAAAAAUAAAGUUUACUUGUUAUUUAUCCGUGUAAACAUGAA